UUAUACUACACCCAUUUCUAAUUUUCCAUUUUUCAUUGUUUCUCAGUAUUUCAUAAUGGAUGUUUCAUCUAUAGCAGACGCAACGAAUAACUUGAUAGUAUAUCUGGCAACAAUCAUAGAGAUUGCUCAUUAUACUCUGGUAAUUUACGGAGUACGGAAUGACUGGGGAGUGAAACUCGGUCGUGGAGCUUUCCCUGACUCUCUCUUGAUCUGUACUAUUCUUGGAAUGUUUGGAGCCUGCGGAGGGGGGUUCGUUAAAAAUGCUGCAACGUUUGUGAGGAAACAAUGGAAUCAUGAGACCGUGAAAUCUAUUCAUUUGGCGAUAGUAACAAAGCUCAGCCUUCUGUUCUCUCUACUUCACAAUCUACAACUCCUAGGAAUCCUGCCGAUCUCAUUCAACACUGUUGUUCUUCUACAACUAACUGUGAUGUUCCUGAUAUCGGCUUCUUCCAAGUUUGGCGUCAACUUUGAUCCAUUCCAUCGAAUUGAGAAGAUCAUCACAAGUUGCGUGAUAGAUUAUUCUGCGCAUGGGGGAGCUGAGGAGGAAAAAUCCCCUCAGAAAAAAGCUGUGGAGGAAAAAUCCCCUGAGAAGAAAAAAGAUUCUUUGAAAAAGAAAGAAUAAGUCCAUAGCUUUGCCGCAAAUUGAAAAUGUUUCAUCUCAAAGAAGUGGAUCCGACAUUCUUUUGACUUGGAAUGCAGUAUCUGACAGAAACGUUCUAUACAACAUAGAAAUCUUCUGUGAUGAUGUGAAACUUGGAGAGACUCACACUGCAGAAGUUCCUCAGUAUAGAAUGAAGUCACCUACACUUGGUAAAACAUAUUGUUUCCAAGUCUGGGCCAAGGAUGAAUGGGGAAACUCUGGCAUCAAAACGCAGUCAAAGAAUGUUAUAAAAGGGGCAAAAUGAACAAGAAGAAGCUGGUGCAGUAGGUGGAAACCAAGCAAUAGAAUAAACCAAUACAACAUGAAGGUGAUGACGAUGCCGAUGAUCUUGAGAACUUUCCCAAACUGACCACAUUCUAAAGACAUUGCUAAGAUACAAAUGUUCCAUCAAAUGUUACUGUUACGUCGUAUAUUUAAAAUUAAAUUUCUCCAAUAAUCUCAGACUGAAAGACGAAUGAUCCUGUGGUAUCCUGCAACACAUUAUGGACAUGCAUAUAUAGUGAAAAGCUUAAAUAUUAGAAAUAUUAACUCUUAAAGGCUAGAUAGUCUAGUCCAAUAAUAGUAGAUCUAAGGGAAAAAUUUUAUAACUUUUUUUUGUGUGAAAUGCUGAUUUAUUUUGCAUAGGCUUGGAUUGUGAAAACAUAGUAAUUGACUCUUAGUCAUAUGCACCACCCUUCAGCAACGAUUUCAGCAAUUUAGGUCAUCCCUCACAAGAUUUGACCUCUUGAACUGUUCUCAGAGCAUUUUGUAAAAUUCUGCACCAAAUCCUGAUUUGCAUGUUUUGUCAUACAAAUUCUUGUCAUUUCAUAAUUUUUUUAUUAUUUUUUCCUUUUAGUUUUACAAAUUAGGUUGGGUGCUGCAUUAAUGCUUUAGCUUCUUAUGUACUAUUUUUAGUGAGUCAUAACAAACUCACUUUAAGCUUUUCCAGAUAUCAUGUGUAUUGUUUUUAUGUCGCCCUCAUUCAGAAAUUUUUGUGUAAUUAUAAUUUUAUGGUAUGUCAACAACUUUCAUUAUUUAGGUCAGGUUUUGAGUUUUUUCUUAUAAUUGACAACUGCUGUACUUAUUCUUGCUGUAUAUCAGUUUACUUUGCCACUCCACAUUUUUGCUUGCAUUUUAAAAUAUAUAAAAAUAAUAAAAACUAUAAAAAUCAAUAAAAAUUAUAAAUAAAAAAAAAUCCAAGUUAUUAACCUAUAUCGUAACUCAUUGCAAAUAGCCAUUGUUCGAAUUUUUAUUAAUUUUUGUUGUGAAAUGCAUUAUUAUCUUUUGCUUUUAUGUUUUUCAAUUAUUGUCAACCACUGAUAUCUAUUAUUUCUGUGUAUAUUUUAGAACAUCCCUAUGAAUUUAUGAUAUUCUGAUUUGGCAAACCCGUCAUAAAUUAUGCAUUUCUUGACUGUUAAAAUAACAUUUGGACUGGAGUGAUUGAUUUUUGGCUCAGUGUUGUGGUUUGAUAAUGUGUUCCGAAAACUUGGUAGCUGAGGACUCUACUGGAGGCCAGUGUAACUUUGCCCCUAAUCCAUGUAAAGUAAUAAGAAAUGUCCAUUAUGAAUUCUAGUAAUAUUUAAUAGUGAUACAUGUAGAAUAUUGCAAUGAUGUUUUGUUUUGCAAUGCCUAUUACGAAUUUCCAUUUUUUGUUUUGUGUGAGUCAUGUUUUUAAAUUUUCAUGUACUGCAAUCCGCUUUUCUUGUUCAUCAUUAUUCUCUAUAACUCCGUGUGUUCCUCUAAGUUUUAAAAAAGUAAAAAAAAAGUGAAAAUAGUCAAAAAAUAAU